AUGGCGUCUCCUCCCGAGCGUGAGGUCGCCGCCCUCGACAGCUGCUUUCGCUCCCUCCCGGCCGAUGCCCAACUCCAAGCUUCCGCCAUGGCGUCUCCUCCCGAGCGUGAGGUCGCCGCCCUCGAGAGCUGCUUUCGCUACCUCCCGGCCGAUGCCGUCCCAGCUGUUGUCGAUUGCGUCCUAGCCUCCUCCACCUCGUCCUCACCUUCUCAACUCUUCCACGCGCUCCUCCGUUCCUCCCCUCCCUCCCAGCGGGAGCAGCAGGGUCUCCAAGCCCAGUCUGAACGUCAUGCCGCCAUCUGCCACGCCGCGGCGCUUCGCCAUUUGCUCGCGCAAUUCGACAGCCCUCCUAAGGUUAGGGAGGCUCUGCGCUUACUGCUGUGGAGGGUCUUCCUGCCCCUGCUCAGGGAUAGCAUCCAACCCAGUCAUCCUGCCUACUUUCACCAGGUAAUCGUGAUGAUGUGCGAUGCAGUCUCUGACACUGGAUCCUGGGACCUGCUAGGAGCCACAAUAGUAUCAUUCUGCAUACAGUCAUCUGUUGUUGCCAUGGGUUUGUCCACUGCAGAUGCCAACUCCAUGCUUUACCAAAGUAUAAUGGAAGCAGAUUUUCCUGGGGAGAGUCUCUCACGCCUACUACCGCUCUCCAAUUCAAGCAGUGUGUUAGCAUCAUUGCUGGUGGACAUGUUGGAGAGGCAAAGGACCAUACCUACCUCCCAGGAAGGUGCUGCUGAUCUAGAUGCAUUAGUUCAGAAUUUGACAUGGGACCUCUCCAAGUUGGUACUCAAGAUGUUCACACAUGCUCAAGAGUAUCGGUCUUGUGCCACUCGGAUCCUUCUUCAGCCUGUACUCAUCUCGCUUGCACAUGUUUCCUGUGUCACUGUAUCGUUUGGUGCAGUCCAGCAUAAGCUAUCGAGGUUUGGUUUCCUAGAAUGUAUAUGGAAUUCCUGUAUUUCUCUAUUUCCUUUGGGGCCUGGUGAGCGGCUUGAUGCAUACAGCAUACUCUCUUUGUACUUGUCAACACUGAAAUCAGGACAUCAAGCCGCUGUCUUGGGAGUUGACAUUGUCCAGGAAUUUGACCUUAGGAAUGUCAGUGAAUUCUGGGAUGAACUGCGCAUGGGACUGGUUGACAAGGAUUCUUUAGUAAGGAAACAGGCCUUCUACGUCUUAACAAUAUCACUUAGCAUCUUUACCUCUUCAUCUGGAAAUGAUAGCAGCCAGCAUUCCUCCAGCAGGAGCUCAGCUGCUUUGCCUGCUCAAAUCAAAGCAAAUGCUGGGACAACAAAAAGAGAAAGGUGGGCUAAUAAUGAAGCCAAGUCCCUUGGCGUCGGAGAGAUGGACCAAUCAGGUGGACACUGUUCGAAUGGUCAAGAUCGGUGGAAGGUCUUCUUGUUACUCUAUGAGAUGCUCCAGGAGUAUGGGACACAUUUAGUUGAAGCAGCCUGGACACACCAGGUAGUGCGGCUGUUUGAGUCUAUGCCACAGAAUGACUAUCUGAAUCACACCUCCCGUGGAGCCUUUCAUGCUCAGAUGGAAUCUUGGGAAGGAAUUUUGUACUGGAUGGCAGUUUUGUGGGAGCGUGGGUUCAGUCAUGAGAAUCCUCAAGUGAGAUGCCUGGUUAUGCAAUCCUUUUUGGAUAUUGCAUGGGAACACUACAAGGUUCGCGCUCAGAUAAUUCCAAGGGGUUUUGUGCUCGGUCCUCUGAUACAUGGUUUGAAUGAUGUGGUUCAUCAUAAGGAUUUCGGGAUUGGGGGUGCUUAUAAUUCGAAAACCAUAAAAGAUGUAGAGAGAUUUUUCAGAACUUAUACCCAGAACUUGGCGAAAUGUGACCGCAUACAUCUGGUUUGGAGUCUGGCAUCUGCAGCUAAGCAAUAUUCAUUUGGCCGAGCAGGAUUAAUGACUCUUGCAUCCUGUGUUGCUUCGUGCACACAUCAGUCAGAGACAAAUGAUGUGCCAUGUGCUAUAUCUGGGAAAGCAGCGACAAAAUGUGAUGGAUGUGUGCCUACAGAAGUUAGGUUAACAGAUUUGUUAGAUGUCUUAUGGAUUCUUAGUGAGAGGAGUAAACAACACUUUAAUCCAAAGUAUCGUCUGAAAGUUUGUGAACAGGUUAUCCAAGUUGUAACAUCACUGAUAAGUGCCACUGAAAUUCCACUUAACCAGCUUCUGCAUUUCAUUGCUACAAUUCCUCGAGAGUUCACUGAUUAUAUUGGACCAUUGAGAGUAGUAGUUCAGAAAUGGUUUGUUCAGAAGGAAGAAUGUUCUGCUGGUAACACUUUAUUGAGUAAGCUGAUUGAUUUCCCUGCCACCUUCGUAAGUCAAAAACAGAAUGAAGGUUCGAAUGUUUUUGAUGACGAGGAUGUGGAUGCAUGGGAAGCUGAAGCAAGGAGGUGGGCUAGAACCCUUCUUCUUGUAACCUCGGAGGAGGAACAUUUGAAGCGAAUCUUUGGGUUUCUAGAGGCAUAUGGCUACAAGCUCUUUGAGCAAUGUUCCAGUGGAGAUUUCAUACCCACAAAAUUUUCUAUCAUUGUUUUAAGCUUCAUUGAGGAACUUGAGGUGAGGCAGAGAAAGCUCGUUUACCAGAGUAAUACAAUCUUAAGAGGAGGUUCAGAUCGAGUAAAUGGAUUAGUGCUUGAUGAUCUCAACAAAAUGCUCGUGGAAUCACUUUCGCUUGUUUUGGAAAAUAUGGUGGCCUUCAGCAAGCUGUCUUGCUCUGUUUUCUGGUUUAGAGAUGUGGAGAACAAGGAUUUACCCCAUUCUAUCAAAGGAAAGCUUGGAGGCCCAAGUCAGCGUCGUUUGGCUACCUCUAUCACUUCUUCAGUAUUGCAGGGUAUUUGGUCAGUGCGAUGUGUUAGUUCUGUUGCCUCAUGGUGUAACCAUUACUGCUCCGGUGAUUCUGUUUCUUCUGCAUUUUCCAUGCUAUGGGACUUCUAUUUGAAUGUUACCCAUCACUCCACUAUUGCCACUGAGACUGGAGCUGAACUUCACCUGGCAGCUUAUGAAGCUCUCGCCUAUGUUCUGGCAGCUCUAUCUACUGCUUGCAGUUCUCAGUUUCUGGAAUUUGUGGAAGCAAAGCAGACAGAUCAAGCCUGCGAGUUUUCAUUGGACAUUUUGGUCACCACUUUCCUUGACAACAUCAACCAUCUUCUUACAGAUGGAACUCUGACACGAAGCAGAAGAUCUGUUUUGAUGACUUGGAAGUGGCUUUGUAUAGAUUCCCUUCUAUCCAUUUCGGGCUGCUAUAGUGACAACGAAUCUCAGGUGAAGAGAUUGGAACCUUUAUUUUCUGAUUCAACCCUCCAAUGCAUUUUUCUUGAUGUUAUCGAAAGCCUUGAAAACGCUGGUGAAAAUUCUGUCUUAUCUAUCCUGAGAUGUGUGAGAUCUGUUUUGAGAUUGUUACACUUGAAUAUGGGAAACAGAAAAUUUACCUCUUUAGGCAUCAGCUAUGAGAUGAUGAUGCAAUUAGCAAAGUCCUCCUGGAUCUUGCACCUUAGCUGCAACAAACGCCGAGUGGCUCCCAUUGCUGCACUACUAUCUGCAAUAUUGCACCCAGCAAUAUUUUCUAAUUUGGAAAUGCACCAGACAAAUGAAAAAGGGCCAGGCCCUUUAAAAUGGUUUGUUGAGAAUCUUCUUAACGAAGGCUCAAAAAGUCCUCGAACUAUUCGCCUAGCAGCUUUGCAUUUGAGUGGUCUAUGGUUGAUGUACCCAAAAACUCUUAGAUUUUAUAUGGAGGAACUGAAGCUGCUCUCGUUAUAUGGAUCUGUGGCAUUCGACGAAGAUUUUGAAGCUGAACUCUCUGAAAACCAUGAAGCAAGAUUUGAGGUUUCCAUGCUAGCACAAAGUCCUGAUCGUGAAUUCACAGAGGUGUUCAUUAAUACAGAAUUAUACGCUCGUGUUUCAGUUGCUGUUCUCUUUCAUCAGCUUUGGAAACAAAUCAAAGAAAAGAGUAUAUUGGAAACUGAAGAAGCUCUUGAAUGUGGCAAACUAUUUCUACUAGAACUUCUGGAUUCCGCGGUGAACAACAAAGAUCUUUCAAAAGAACUAUACAAGAAAUAUAGCAGUGUACAUAGGCGUAAAGUUCGUGUGUGGCAAAUGAUAUGUGUUCUAUCGCACUAUGUAGAAGAUGAUAUAGUUGGAGAAGUGACAUCUAGCAUUCACAUUUGUCUUUAUAGAAAUAAUUUGCCUGCUGUCCGGCAGUACUUGGAGACGUGUGCUAUACUCUUAUACUUAAAAUUUCCAACCUUGGCAGAGGAGCAACUUAUUCCUAUUUUUCAUGACAAAGGGAUGCGACAGCAGGCACUGUCUUCAUAUGUUUUUAUAGCAGCAAACGUGAUACUUCACUCAAGACAGUCUGUCCAGAUAUACCACCUGAAUCAAUUGCUUCCUCCGAUACUGCCGUUUUUAACAUCCCAUCAUCACAGUUUACGCGGUUUUACUCAGCUACUUGUCCAUUCAGUGCUAUCGAGGUUGUGGCCUACUCUGCAUCUCGAAACUUCAGAAGAUGCAAUCUUUGAGAGGAGGUGCUUUCAAGAAUUGAAAGAUUACCUGGCAGAAAAUUCUGACUGUGUUAGGCUUAGAGUUUCAAUCGAAGGUUUCCUUGAUGUCUUUGAUCCCAAUGCAUCUGGGACCCCUUCUGGAAUAUUUAGCUCCCGCCCUGAGGUGUCUGACUUUGAAUGUGUUCCAGUGUCAGUGAUGGAGCGUGUGAUUGAGUUCCUGAACGAUGUGAGGGAGGACUUGAGACAGGCUAUAGCAAAGGAUACAGUAACAAUCAAGAAUGAGGAUCUCGCAGUGGGCGAGCAUCGCAACUUGGAGAAGGGUGAAGAGAGUGGGUCUGAGAUGGUAAAAACUGGUCAAGAUGUAUUGGAUUUCCAGAAGAAAAUAACACCCCAUAGGGACUCCGAGCAAGCAUUGAACUUGAACGCCAGAGGUCAUUCAGGCAUUGGUGAUGAAAAUAUUUCAAGAAUAAUUUCAGAGAUGGAGGAAGAUGACCAAGUUUUUAACCUAGCAGUAGAAGCAAGAUUGCAUGCUGCGGAAACAAUCAAACAAAGCCGGCAAGAACUGAUCGUGGUGGCAUCAUUGGUCGACCGCAUACCAAAUCUUGCAGGGCUGACGAGAACGUGUGAGGUCUUCAGAGCAGCUGGUCUGGUUGUCGCUGACAAGAGCGUUCUUCAGGACAAGCAGUUCCGGCUUAUCAGUGUCACCGCAGAGAAAUGGUUGCCCGUGACUGAGGUCCCCGUGGACAGCGUGAAGGCCUACCUGGAGAGGAAGCGGGGCGAGGGGUACUCGGUGAUCGGGCUGGAGCAGACGGCCCACAGCAGGCCUCUGGAUCGGUUCGUGUUCCCGGACCGGACGGUGCUGGUUCUGGGGCGGGAGAAGGAAGGCAUCCCAGUGGAUAUCAUCCACAUCCUGGACGCGUGCGUGGAGAUCCCGCAGCUGGGCGUGGUGAGGUCGCUCAACGUCCAUGUCAGUGGUGCCAUAGCCGUCUGGGAGUACACGCGCCAACAACGCAAUUAG